UUACCACAGCAAAGUCAGGCUCUGUGUAUUAAAACCCGUUGUAAUGUAUUUGAACCCUGAUAGUGUGCCCCAGCCAAACCACCUCCAGUUAUUCUUAUCAGAGCCCUCAGGAAUUCAUCAAGGUUACUGAAAUGCAAACUGUGCUAAAUUGGGAAAGAAGAAGCUGAAAAACAGAAUACCAAGACAGCAAGAAAUAGAUAAAGAAGGACUGUGCCGCACUGGACUAGAACCAAUCAUAUUUUCUGAAAAGUGCGUGCAGAGUGUGUGGACAAGAUAGAGGGACCAAUCAAGUAAUGCGUGAUCGUGUGCACAGCAGUUGUAAAAUGUGUACGUAGAGUGCAAUGUAAACAAUAAAAUGGCUUCUGCGAAAUCAUAUUGAUUCGUGGUUCAGAAGUCCUGAGCUCCCGCAUGCUGGUGGCCCUGGCGUGAUAAACGCUGCGAUAGUGAAGCAGACAGGACCCUUUGGAUUCUGAAGGGGGUCUGUGGAGUGAAAAGGCCGGGGGACCCCAUCGGAACCUGCUGCGGCUGGACCGUGGAGGGGGGCAGAGUUGGAGGAUGGAUCCACUGGAGUCUGGGAGCAGAAGAAAGCUCCUGGGAAAAGAGCUCCGGAAAACGUACGCUGCAGUGGGUACACCCGAAGAGGUGAGUGACCGGGGGCUGGAGGAUGGGAAAGGGACUGUCAAAAGAAGAACAGGCCACGUUCAGGGUUCUCCAGCGUAUUGUCUCCGAGAGAGAAAUUAAAUAUGACCCAGAGGUCUUGAAAGGACUGUUAAGACGUGGUCAGGAGAGAGGAUUUUUUGCCACCCUCUGGAGUGUUGUCAACACCCUUGAGUGGGAAAGGCUGGGAAUCGCUCUCUGGGAUGGAUUAAAAGAAACUAAGGGACUUAGCACAGUAUGGAAAUUAAUAAUAACGGUGCUAAGGCAAAUAGAAGCAGAAAAAACAGCUGCAGCAGGGGCAGCAGCCCGUCUAGAGCCAGGUGGUCCCGCGACUGCCUUUCCGACAUUCGCACAAGAAUUUUUUGGGGGAGUAGACCCAGUUACACCGUCCCUGCCUCCUGCACCCGCGGAGACGGAGUUACAGGCUCCGCAGCCCGCAACAGAACCAGAGAAAAUAGAAGUGAAUGAGCUACCGUCUCCACAGCCUCCAGGAUUACCUACGGGGUGUCCCGUGGCAUCCCCUGAAGAGUUAACAAUUGCAUUAGGAGGGCACGGAUAUCCCCCGCGACCCCCCUCACCGCCUGUUCAGAUGCAAAUGACGGGCAUUCAAAGGCAGAGCAUUUGCGCAGCUUUGAAGAGGAAGAGCACAGGCGGCAGGAGAAAGAAAGAAAGAGAAAAAAAGAAACCGCUACUGAUGGCGGAAGGGAGAAAGAAUCCUGAAUCGACUGCCAAAUCUGUGUACGGCGGUGCCGAGCUUUCGGACCGCGCUGGCCCGGCUCGCCGGGGUGGGGUGGCCCCGGUGGGGUCCGUCCGCCCUGUGACUCCUGCCGAGGAAACAGAGAAGGGGGGAAAACCGCGGGAGCGAGAAGGGGAAGAGGGGAAAUUCCAGCCGGGGCAAAAGUUAGAGCGGAGCCGGGGAAUGCGAAGAACGGCUGAUCCCCCGGCUCAAAGGCCGGAGCGGAAAAAGGAAAGUCCUGCCUGCGGCUCCCCCAAGCCGCCCUGCUUCCGACAAUCCUGCUCGGCGGUGGCAGGGAAUCAUACGGGAGGCUUUGGUAGAGGUAGGUGUUGUUGAGCGCAUGGAGCGAUCAUUACUGAAAGAAACUCGAAGCUGGCGGUUGUGGCAACUCUUUGUGCAGCUCUGGCAGUUACUUAAUUCCCGCAAGCAGGAUUAUUUUAUCACCCAUAUACGGAGUCACUCUGGUUUAACAGAAGGUCUGGCCUUGGGAAAAGAGAAAGCUAACCAAUUGGUGGCACCACUUCGGGCCUCUGCUUCUCCCAAUACUGAUAAGUUUGGCCAAGCCAGAAGGCCUCACGAAUUUUUUUCACCAAAGCACAAAGGUUUUACACAAACAAUUUGGAAUAUCGCUGCAGAAUGCUCAAGGAAUCGUCUCAACCUGUCCACAAUGGCAGGGUAUGAUUGGUGGAUUGGGUCCUGGGGUUAAUCCUCGCAGCCUAGGGCCUCUGCAAUUAUGGCAAACUGAUGUGACUAUCUAUGCCCCUUUUGGUCGCUUCAAACGCCUUCAUGGAGCCAUAGAUACCUUUUCUGCCAUGGUCUGGGCCACUCCUAUGACAAGAGAAGGGUCUCGUUUUGUCAUUUGACACUGGCAAGGCUGUUUUGCCAUAAAGGCCUUGCCUCAGGAAAUCAAGACAGAUAAUGAGCCAGGUUAUAUAGCCCAAUGAACCCAAGAUUUCUUGGCUCUUUGAGGAGUGAGGCAUAGCACAGGCAUUCCAGGUAACUCUACUGGACAAGCCACAAUUGGAAGAACACAUCAGGUACUCAAAGGGCUGCUUGAUAAACAGAAAACAGGAGAGGAUGGGCUGAGCCCAUAGGACAGAGUACUGAAAGCAGUUUAUGUUACAAAUCAUUUAUGGUUAGUAGGUACUCACAGUGACCCACCAGCAUUAACACAUUACUCAGGUUUGCAGCAAGAUUCUGAAUUGAUACAGCACCGACCAAAAGUUCGUUUUAAAAAUCCUAUGUCAGGGUCAUGGGAAGGACCUGUGGAAUUAUUAAUGAGGGGAAGGGGUUAUGCUUGUGUCAUUAUAGAUGAAGGACCCCGAUGGAUACCAGUGAAAUGGGCUCACCCCUGGCUUGAGAAGGACACUCUGAUUCCUAAUAUUACCGAUAAAUAAACAUUGGGGUUUUUUUACUUUAGGUGUUGCUGCUGCUCAAGCUCUGGUGAUGCUUAAUAAGGUGAGAGGUUGGACAGUCAAACAGUUAAAUCAGAUAUUCACUGAUGUAGAUAGUACUAGACACAGGACGUUGCAGAAUAGAACUGCUAUAGAUUUUCGUUAUUGGCACAUGGGCACAGGUGUAAGAAUUGUGAAGGAAGCUUUGUAAUUACUAUUAGCCAUUACUGUAUUGCUUUGUGUUAUUCCAUAUAUAAUGAAAUUGGCGACCCGUUUGUUGGAAAACAUAGUAAAAAGGGUUUGGGUGGUGCAAGAAGAAAAAGGGGGAAUUGUUGUAAUGUAUUUGAACCCUGAUAGUGUGCCCCAGCCAAACCACCUCCAGUUAUUCUUAUCAGAGCCCUCAGGAAUUCAUCAAGGUUACUGAAAUGCAAACUGUGCUAAAUUGGGAAAGAAGAAGCUGAAAAACAGAAUACCAAGACAGCAAGAAAUAGAUAAAGAAGGACUGUGCCGCACUGGACUAGAACCAAUCAUAUUUUCUGAAAAGUGCGUGCAGAGUGUGUGGACAAGAUAGAGGGACCAAUCAAGCAAUGCAUGAUCGUGUGCACAGCAGUUGUAAAAUGUGUACGUAGAGUGUUAUGUAAACAAUAAAAUGUCUUCUGCGAAAUCA